GUGUGUGCGUGUGUGUACGCGCAUGCUGGGGUGGGGGGAGCGGCUGCGUUCCCCUGGUCAAGGCGGGGGGUGCGGGGGGGGUGGGGUGGGGAUGCCCCGGGCUCGGGGAGGGGCCGCAGAGCCGCCCGUGAGUUAGGCACGAGCAGAGCCAGAGCCCCCAGUGCUUUUCUUGCUCUCUCGUUAGCUCGCUCUCUCGAUCACUCCCUCCCUUCCUCCCUCCCUUCUUCCCGGCGGCCGCGGCGGCGCUGGGGAAGCGGAGAAGAGGAGUGGCCCGGCCCUGGAAGAAUGCGGCUCUGCCGAGGGGGCAGAACCCGAUACAAUCUCCCUACGGUUUAAGCCCCAAGUGGAGCCCAGGCGCCCGGACCCUGCACCCGAAUCACUGGAGGCGCUGAUCGAUCUGCCCACCGGAGCCUCCGGGCUUCGACAUGCUGGAGGAGCCCCGGCUGCGGCCUCCGCCCUCGGGCCUCGCGGGUCUCCUGUUCUUGGCCUUGUGCAGUCGGGCUCUAAGCAAUGAGAUUCUGGGCCUGAAGCUGCCCGGUGAGCCACCGCUGACCGCCAACACAGUGUGCUUGACGCUGUCGGGGCUGAGCAAGCGGCAGCUAGGCCUGUGCCUGCGCAGCCCCGACGUGACGGCGUCGGCGCUUCAGGGUCUGCACAUCGCUGUCCACGAGUGUCAGUACCAGCUGCGCGACCAGCGCUGGAACUGCUCGGCGCUCGAGGGCGGCGGCCGCCUGCCGCACCACAGCGCCAUCCUCAAACGCGGUUUCCGGGAGAGUGCUUUCUCCUUCUCUAUGCUGGCGGCUGGGGUCAUGCACGCGGUUGCCACUGCUUGCAGCCUGGGCAAGCUGGUGAGCUGUGGCUGCAGCUGGAAGGGCAGUGGUGAGCAGGAUCGGCUGAGGGCCAAGUUACUGCAGCUGCAGGCACUAUCCCGGGGCAAGAGUUUCCCCCACUCUCUGCCCAGCCCUGUCCCUGGCUCAAGUCCCAGCCCUGGCCCCCAGGACACAUGGGAAUGGGGUGGUUGUAACCAUGACAUGGACUUUGGAGAGAAGUUCUCUCGGGACUUCUUGGAUUCCAGGGAAGCUCCUCGGGACAUCCAGGCACGAAUGCGAAUCCACAACAACAGGGUGGGGCGCCAGGUGGUAACCGAAAACCUGAAGCGGAAAUGCAAAUGCCAUGGUACAUCAGGCAGCUGCCAAUUCAAGACAUGCUGGAGGGCGGCCCCAGAGUUCCGUGCUGUAGGGGCAGCGUUGAGGGAGCGACUGGGCAGAGCCAUCUUCAUCGAUACCCACAACCGCAAUUCGGGAGCCUUCCAACCCCGCCUGCGUCCCCGUCGCCUCUCAGGAGAGCUAGUCUACUUUGAGAAGUCACCCGACUUCUGUGAGCGAGACCCCGCUGUGGGCUCGCCUGGCACAAGGGGCCGGGCCUGCAACAAGACCAGCCGCCUAUUGGAUGGCUGUGGCAGCCUGUGCUGUGGGCGUGGGCACAACGUGCUCCGGCAGACCCGAGUUGAGCGAUGCCAUUGUCGCUUCCACUGGUGCUGCUAUGUGUUGUGUGAUGAGUGCAAGGUCACAGAAUGGGUCAAUGUUUGCAAGUGAGGGUCAGCCUCACCUUGGGGCUGGGGAAGGGCACUGUGUGAGAGGGGCACCUUUUCAGCCUGUUGCUCCGAUUUCUGUCCAGGGUCAAUCUUGACCCCCUGAACAUGUCUACCUGGAAACAGCUUUGGGGGUGAGGAUGGUCAAGUGGGGUCUGUGAUGUACAGCCUUAUCCCCACAGUUAGAGGGCCUCUGGGGGAAGCUGUCACUGCCUCUGUUCCUUAAAUACCUGCGGGGAAUAUGAUGAAAUGCACUGUAUUGCUCCUCUCUUUUCAAUCCCAGGUCCUCCCCUUUAACCCCCUCAUACUCCUUUUGGAUGGAGAGCCCCUAUAGUUUGACCAGUCCUCUUCCUUGAGGGAUAAAUCCUGGCAUUAUGUGGAGCCAUUAAGACCUAUAUCUAGAAAGAGACCACUCCCUCCUACUUUCAGUUCCCAAACUCCUCUACUGCAACUUGGACCCCCACAUGUGGGGCCAAGGGAGACAGUAGUAGUAGAGGUUUCUCUUGGAGAAACAACAGUGCUGGAGGAACUCUCCUGAGUCUUCAGAGAGCCCUUAGGGAAGGAGGUCUCCUUCCAUUCAUGUUAAAGUGGUCCCUUCAAAGGAAGGGUUUUACCUAAGACUCUUGGAGUCUCUUUUUUCCUUCUUCAGCAGGAGGGGUGGGAAUGGAUAAUUUAUUGUACUGAGAUUUGUUCUUGGUUCCUGUUUGAAACUGAAAUAAAUUAAGCUACUGGAA